AUGGCCCAACAGACCGAACGAAUAUUCGUCCUCCCAGGCGAUCAAAUUAACCCCUCCGUCAUACCAUCGCAUCCCAAGCGCCCCUUGAAGCUUGGGCCUGGGCUACGGCAUAUCCCACCCAGUGAGCUCUUGCCAACAGUCGCUGGUCAACUCGUUACGGACUACAAGAAGAAUUCGAUAUGGGUGGAAUACAACGGCGGGCGAUAUAUACCAGCAGUUGGUGACCUGGUGAUCGGGACUGUCGCGCGGUCAGUAGUUGACUACUAUUAUGUCACGCUGUCCGACUACACCUCCAACGCCGCUCUUCCGCAGCUGGCCUUCGAGAUGGCCACCAAGAAGACGAGACCUCAGCUGAACCCCGGAGCCCUGGUAUAUGCUCGGGUGACUCUUGCGAACCGUCACAUGGACCCCGAACUAGAAUGUGUCUCUGCAACGAGCGGCAAAGCGGAAGGCCUUGGACCACUGAACGGUGGCAUGCUCUACGACAUCUCCCUGGGAAUGGCACGACGGCUCUUGAUGAGAAAAUCAGUCGAGGAGGGCAAGGUUGUUGUCCUCGAGGAAUUAGGAUCAGCCGGUCUUGCGUUCGAGACAGCGGUGGGUAGAAACGGCAAGAUGUGGGUCAACAGCGAGAGCACCAAGACUGUGCUGUUAGUCGGUAGAGCUGUUCAGGAGACAGACGAGAAGAAUCUUGAUGCCGAGCAGCAGAAAAAGUUGGUACGAAAGCUGGUCAAGGAGAUGAGUUGA